ACCUGUUCUAAAACUGGUUUGUUUGCUUUUAUUCCUCUUUCACUUUCUAAGGCUCAGUUGCAUAUGAUUUAUUUGUUUUUCUUUACUUCUCUUUUUAGUUGUUGACAAGUUACUUAAGCAAUAGGCAAGCUGCAUUGCUUGCUUGUUUCUGUGGGUCUUCCUUGUUCCCCUACUUCCUCUUCCUGGGGAAUCUCCACUGAACUCUGAACCUACUCUUGCUGCUAGUGUUCUUCGCCCUUGCACACAAACUCCGCUGUUGGCUGAGGUCUCUGUGGGUCUUUGUUCUCAGCUCUUCUCUGACAAGGCUCGCUCUGUGCCUCACAGUUCUUUUUCUUUGUUCAGUUUUGCACUUCUGCCACAGAACCACAAAUAUCUUCAGCUGGGAAUCAGACAGGAACAGAAAUGAGGAGCCCAGAAGCCCAAGACAAUGUUUCAGUUUCCCAGGGUAUGCGAACUUUAUUUUACAUGAUGAAGCCCAGUGAAACUGCCUUCCAAACUGUUGAAGAGGUGCCCGAUUACGUUAAAAAGGCGACUCCAUUUUUCAUCUUCUUGAUUCUGCUUGAACUAGUCAUCAGCUGGAUUCUUAAAGGGAAACCAUCAGGUCAUUUGGACGAUGCUCUUACAUCUGUGUCAGCUGGUGUUGUGUCUCGGCUUCCAAGUCUGUUCUUCAGGAGCCUUGAAGUGACCAGUUAUAUUUAUAUCUGGGAGAACUACAGACUUUUGGAAUUGCCUUGGGAUUCUCCAUGGACGUGGUAUUUAACUUUCUUAGGAGUUGACUUUGGCUACUAUUGGUUCCACCGCAUGGCUCAUGAGAUUAAUAUUAUCUGGGCAGCACACCAAGCACACCACAGUUCUGAAGCCUAUAACUUAUCCACAGCACUGAGACAGUCUGUCCUGCAGCAGUAUAGUUCCUGGGUUUUCUACUGUCCCCUGGCCCUUUUCAUACCACCUUCAGUGUUUGCUGUUCAUAUUCAAUUCAAUCUCCUCUACCAGUUUUGGAUCCACACAGAGGUCAUCAGAACCCUUGGCCCUUUGGAACUGGUCCUUAAUACUCCUAGCCAUCACAGAGUUCAUCAUGGUAGAAAUCGUUACUGCAUAGAUAAAAACUAUGCUGGCACCCUUAUUAUUUGGGAUAGAAUUUUUGGGACAUUUGAAGCAGAGAAUGAACACGUCAUAUAUGGUCUAACCCAUCCCAUUAGUACAUUUGAGCCAUUCAAAGUGCAGUUUCACCAUUUACUCUACAUAUGGACUACAUUCUGGAACACACCUGGAUUCUGCCAUAAGUUUUCUGUCCUAUUUAAAGGACCAGGAUGGGGUCCGGGUAAACCAAGACUUGGUCUGAGUGAAGAAAUUCCAGAGGUUACAGGAAAGGAAGUCCCCUUUUCUUCCUCAGCAUCCCAGCUCUUGAAGAUAUACACUGUCCUCCAGUUUGCAGUAAUGCUGGGAUUUUAUGAAGAGACCUUUGCAAACACAGUGGUAUUGUCCCAGGUAACUCUUCUUCUGAGGGUGUUCUUCAUUAUCUUGACCUUGACAUCUAUUGGUCUCCUUCUGGAUCAAAGACCCAAGGCAGCUACUGUGGAAACUCUUCGGUGCCUGUUCUUCCUAACCCUGUACAGAUCUGGUCACUUAAAGCCUCUUAUUCCAUCUUUAUCAUUUGUAUUUGAGAUUUUCUUUUCUGUUUGCAUUGCUUUCUGGGGCGUAAGAAGCAUAAAACAACUCACUUCUGGCUCUUGGAAAAAGCCUUAAUGCAUACAGAUUCCUCGGUCCUGUCAGUUCCCCAUGCUGCAUCACUAUGGCACAGCGAAAGAGUGGUCUCUUACAUAGUACCCACAGGAGCUACUUAGUUAAUGAAAAAUGAAAGCAUCUCUUUACCUGUGCUUUACACAUUUGUUUCUCUGUUGAAAUUAAUGUGAAUUAUUUGUUUUUGCUCUCACUAAAUGCCUAAUAAUUCAUAUCCUUUGAGGUUGUAUUCACUUCUCUCUCUAUGGCAAUGAAUACGGAAAGGAAAUAGGGGCUUAAAUUUUUUAAAGAGUGAAAAUUACAUUUGUCCUUUGGGUUUGACAACUGAUCCUUUAACAUUUGUUAAAAGUACAUACUUAUAUAUAUAUCUGUUGUCUUUAAAAUGUAUUGCUGUCUGAAUGAACCUGCAUCUGCCUCAGAAAAUGAAUCAUCUGUAGUAUGGCACUACAUAAAACAUACCAACUAUAUGAAAAAGAUUAGAAUGGAAACGAAUCAAUAUGUUCAACAGGAUAAUCUACAAUACAUAUUUCGACAAUGUUGGGUCAACAUGUUGCAACAACAUGAGGAGGACAUCAUAAUCCAUGCUGUUUCAAAUUGUCAUAAUACUGAUAAUAAAAUUAUCUCAACAUAACU